AGCAUCAACUAUGGGGUUUAUUAGAAUUUUAUUAUAUUUCACUCAACCAUAUUCGGACUAUGUAAUAUCAUUCCUUUACCGAAUCUUCUGGGGAAAAACAAAACCCGUACCACCAAUUGAAAAUAAAUUGCUUUUAUUGUCUGCAACAGAAUUGGCUGAGAAAAUUCGCUCUAAACAGGUCAAAUGUGAGGAUGUCAUGCGUGCAUACGUAGAUAGAUGCCGUAAAGUGAAGCCUUACAUUAACGCCGUUACUGAUGCUCAGUAUGAAGAUGCUUUAGAAGAGUCAAGAUUGGUUGAUCGCUUUUUAGCUAGAGGAGAUAAAACGCCAGAAGAAAUUGAAAAAGACACGCCACUUUUAGGUGUUCCUUUUUCUUGCAAGGAAGCCAUAGGAGUCAAAGGUUUGGCGCAGACAUCUGGAAUUUAUGCAGCUAAAGGAAGAGUUGCCGACAAAGAUUCUGAUGCAACUGCCAAUUACAGAGCUGCUGGAGCUAUACCUGUUACAGUAACAAAUGUGCCUGAGAUGUGCAUGUGGUGGGACACUUCAAAUCUGAUUUUCGGAAUAACUAAAAAUCCAUUUGACAACUCAAGAGCAGUUGGAGGCAGCACGGGAGGAGAAGCAGCCCUCUUAACUACAGCAGGAUCAGUUAUAGGUAUAGGCAACGAUCUGGGUGGAAGUAUACGCAUCCCAUCAUCAUUUACUGGAAUCUAUGGGCAUAAACCUUCUACUGGGAUCGUCUCUAAUAAAGGGGAUUUUCCUUACAUUGAAGGCGAAAAUGAAAAACUUGAUGAAUUCACUAGCACAGGCCCAAUGUGUCGAUAUGCAAAGGACUUACCUCUUCUUUUAAAAAUACUCUCGAAUGAUGAUAAACGGUUACAGCUGAAUAAAGAGGUGGAUUUUUCGAAAGUAAAAGUAUACUACAUAGAAGAGUUUCCAGGACUAGCUUUUUCUCCUACACCGUCAAUCAAGGAAGCAGUAAGAAGAGCUGCUGAUUUCUUCGAGGAAAGAUUUGGCACCAAAGUCAUUCCACUGACACUCAACGAGCUCCAAAAUUCUUUCCAAUUGUGGCAGAGUAAAGUUCUCGAAAAGAAUUUAGAGCCUUUCAAGUUAAUCUUUGCAAAUGAAANCUUACAUCUAGCAUAUUUUUCCAAUCACUCGUCGUUCCACUAA